AUGAACAGGACAUUCUUCGAAGGACUUGGCUGGAAAGUUUUUACUGUGCCAGAAACUGCAACAAUUUUGCAGAAAGGCGGUGUUAAAUUUGCUGAAUUGACUGCAAAACAAGCAUAUGAAUUUCAGAAGGACUUGCUUAAAACUUUACUUACAGUUGAAUCAGUUUUUUUCAAGCAAGCAGAAUUGUGCACGCAUGAGCGUAUUCUGAUAAUAUGUGAUCGAGGUGCUAUGGAUCCAUCUGCAUAUAUGGAUUCGAAAUUGUGGAAUAAAAUAAUUGCCGAACUAAAAUUCGAUCAAUUUAGCUUGAGAGAAGGGAGAUAUGAUCAAGUUAUUCAUAUGACAACAGCGGCAGAUGGAGCAGUAGCAUAUUAUUCGUUAGCGAACAAUGCAGCUCGAUUUGAAAGUCCUAGUCGUGCAAUUGAACAAGAUCACCUAACUCGAGAUGCUUGGUUAGGACAUCCAAGAGUUGAUGUAAUUGAUAAUGUUGGUUGUAAAUCGUUUGAAGACAAAAUCUUGCGAUUGGUGGCAGCAGUAUGUGAUCGUAUUGGAUUGCCCACACAAGACCGCCUUUCCUUUAACAGCAAGAAACGAAAAUGGUUGAUUGCUGCUGUUGAUAAGCUGCGUAUGCCUCGUUCGGAAAUUUUCAAUAUUCGUCACAGUUAUCUUUGUACGGAAGAUGUAAAUAUUCAAGUCCGAUUACGUUCGCGAAGCCAGAAUGGUCGAACCACUUACACUAUUACAACACGAUCUUAUAAUGCACCGGAACCGUUCGAAACCCGCAUGCAGUUGACAUGGCGAGAGUAUUUAAAUUAUAAAAAGAUGGAAGAUCGUUGUCGUGCUGCAAUAAAUAAAGAAAGGCGUUGUUUCAUGUUCGGUAAGCAGUAUUUCCACCUUGAUGUGUAUAAAUCACCGUUGCCGCCUUCUCUAAGAGGAAAGCAGUUGAUGUUAUUGGAAACUUAUACAACAGCACAAGUGGGGAAUAUAGAAGAACCUCGUUUGCCUGAUUUUAUGACUGUAGAAAAGGAAGUUACUGGAGAUCCGAAUUAUAGCAUGUAUAUAAUUGCCAAAAUUGAAAAAUGA